AUGAAUUCGACCGAUCGCAACAUGAAUACAAACAGCGACAUUGAGGCUAUCGAGGAGAUGUCUUUCGAUACGUAUGACGAGGCGUUAGAGACGCUGAAGGCCACGCACGAGCUCCUUGGCUACGUUGUAGUCGUCAGAAACAGCAAGACUGCCGGCAAGCCAAGGCGCAAGGAAGCUAAUAUCCGCUGCGAAUACAGUGGUCAAUAUAGGUGCUGGGAUGCCAAGGAGGGCAUAUACAAGACCUCGACCAAGAAGUCGGGAUGUGACUUUCGCUGUUAUAUCGGCAAGGGGAGCCUGCCCGACAGCCAGGGGAUCAGAGGGGACACGGCGCCAUACAAUUUUGGUAGGCAGGCCGGGCAUACGUUCGUCCCUUACGUGCCUCGUCCUCCGCCGCGUCAGACGGAUCAGACGGAUCCUAUGGAUCCUCCGGCACCGUCACAGUCAUAG